UCAGGGGGCAUUAAUUGCAAGCGCUGUGCCUCUCCCCUCGCGAAGCCCAGCAGCGGGGACAACGCACGGCAGUGCAUCUCCGCGAACUGCCGCUACAGUCCAAUCAAUGGACGAACACCUCCCUUGAUCCCUCCGCCCUACGCCGCCGCCGCCGCCGCAAUGGCGAACGCCUCCUGCCUCAUCCUCCCCAUCCUGGCCCUCCUCGCCGCGACGGCCGCAGCCGUGAGCGAUGACGUGCUCGCGCUGGUAGUCCUCAAGUCGGGGCUCUCCGACCCGACGGGCCGCCUCGCGCCCUGGUCCGAGGACGCUGACCGCGCCUGCGCCUGGCCGGGCGUCUCCUGCGACCCGCGCACCAGCCGCGUCGCCGCGCUCGACCUCACGGCGGCGUCCCUCUCCGGCCGCCUCCCGCGCUCUGCGCUGCUCCGCAUCGACGCGCUCGUCUCGCUCUCCCUCCCAGGGAACAACCUCUCCGGCCCGCUCCCCGACGCGCUGCCCCCGCGGAUCCGCUCCCUCGACCUCUCCGGCAACGCGCUGUCAGGGGGCAUCCCCGCCUACCUCGCGUCCUGCGCAUCCCUCGUGUCGCUCAACCUCUCCCGUAACCGACUCUCCGGCCCCGUCCCGGACGGCAUCUGGUCCCUGCCGUCGCUUAGGUCAGUGGACCUCUCCGGCAACCUGCUCUCCGGGAGCGUGCCCGGCGGGUUCCCGCGGAGCAGCUCGUUGCGCGUGGUGGACCUGAGCCGCAACCUCCUUGAAGGGGAGAUACCGGCGGACGUCGGCGAGGCCGGGCUGCUUAAGUCGCUUGAUGUCGGGCACAACUUGUUCACCGGUGGACUGCCGGAGUCGCUCCGUGGGUUGUCUGAGCUGAGUUUUCUCGGCGCUGGUGGCAAUGCCCUAUCAGGGGAGCUCCCGGCGUGGAUUGAGGAGAUGACGGCUCUGAAGAGGCUGGAUUUGUCUGACAACCACUUCGCCGGCACCAUCCCGGACGGCAUCUCGGGCUGCAAGAACCUAGUGGAGGUCGACCUCAGCGGGAACGCGCUCACCGGGGAGCUCCCGUGGUGGUUAUUCGGACUGGCGCUGCAGCGCGUAUCAGUCGCUGGCAAUGCACUAUCUGGGUGGGUCAAGGUUCCCGGUGACCCUGCCACGGCCCUGCAGAUUCUGGACCUAUCAGGCAAUGCGUUCACCGGUGCGAUCCCGCCUGAGAUUUCGACCCUUGCAAGAUUGCAGUACCUGAACUUAUCCUCAAAUUCCAUGUCGGGGCAGCUUCCAGCCAGCAUUGGGCGGAUGCUACUGCUUGAGGUGUUGGAUGUUAGUGCGAACCAGUUGGACGGGAGGGUACCACCGGAGAUUGGAGGUACAGUGGCGCUCCGGAAGCUGCUGAUGGGGAGGAAUUCGCUUACUGGAGGCAUUCCUGCGCAGAUUGGCACUUGCAGUUCUCUGAUUACUUUGGAUCUAUCACACAACAAACUUACAGGGCCAAUUCCUAUGACAAUGGGCAACCUCACUAGUCUCCAGAUGGUUGAUCUCUCAGAGAACAUGCUGAAUGGGACCCUGCCAAUGGAGCUCUCUAACCUUGCUAGCCUCAGUGUCUUCAAUGUAUCUCACAAUUUGCUAUCAGGGAACCUUCCCAUCAGCUACUUUUUUGACAGCAUCCCUUAUUCUUUCAUCUCCGACAAUGCCGGCCUCUGCAGCUCACAGAACAAUUCCUGCAAUGGCGGCAUGCCAAAGCCAAUUGUUUUCAACCCUAACUCCUCAUCAGACCCCUUGUCGGAGGUUGCCCCAAGUUCUCCAAGUAACCAGCACCACAAGAAAAUGAUAUUGAGCAUCUCCACACUCAUUGCCAUUGUGGGUGGAGUAGUCAUUGUUAUUGGCGUGGUCACUAUUACAGUGCUUAACCUCCGUGCCCGUGCAACAGCUUCCCUCUCUGCGCUUCCCACUGCAUUGCCGGAUGAUUACCAUAGCCAAUCAACACAAUCCCCAGAGAACGAAGCCAAGUCUGGCAAGCUUGUCAUGUUCGGCAGAGGCAGCUCGGAUUUCAGCGCUGAUGGGCACGCAUUGUUGAAUAGGGAUUGUGAACUUGGGCGAGGAGGCUUUGGCACGGUUUACAGAGCAGUGCUCAGAGAUGGCCAGCCAGUGGCCAUCAAGAAGCUGACAGUUUCAAGCUUGGUCAAGUCAGAGGACGACUUCAAGCAGCAAGUCAAGCUUCUAAGCAAGGUGCGGCACCAUAACAUUGUUACCCUCAGAGGCUUCUACUGGACUUCUUCACUGCAGCUCCUCAUAUAUGAAUUUGUGCCUGGCGGGAGCUUGCAUCAGCACCUGCACGAAUGCUCAGAAGAGAGCUCGUUUUCAUGGAUGGAGAGGUCUGACAUAAUCAUUGGUGUAGCCCGCGGACUUGUGCACUUGCACCGCCAUGGUAUAAUCCACUACAAUCUGAAGUCCAGCAAUGUCUUGCUAGACACAAAUGGUGAGCCAAGGGUUGGCGACUAUGGUCUUGUGAACCUGCUGCCAAUGCUAGACCGCUAUGUGCUGAGCAGCAAGAUCCAGAGCGCGCUGGGGUACAUGGCGCCAGAAUUCACUUGCAGAACGGUCAAGGUGACAGAGAAGUGCGAUGUAUACAGCUUUGGAGUGCUAGUCCUUGAGAUUUUGACAGGCAGGAGGCCCGUCGAGUACUUAGAAGAUGAUGUUAUUGUGCUUUCUGAUCUGGUCAGAGGUACACUUGACGAAGGCAGGCUGGAGGACUGCAUGGAUCCACGGCUAUCAGGUGAGUUCUCAAUGGAAGAGGCCACGCUGAUCAUCAAGCUGGGGUUGGUUUGCACGUCGCAGGUGCCUUCUCAACGGCCGGACAUGGCUGAGGUGGUGGCUAUGCUUGAGAUGGUGAGGAGCCCUCAGGGUACCUCAGAGGAUGAACUGGUUUGAGAUCAAUUUACUAGACUUUUUCUCUUUUCUCCUUCCUUUUUUCAUUAUUUUUUGGAUAGAUACCUGAUGUUGAUGCGAGGGGGAAAACUGCGAUCGGAAAGUAUUGGUCCCUUGCGCUUAAGAGAUGUAAAGUUGUUGCUUCUCUUCAAUUAUUGGUCCCUUGCGCUUAAGAGUUUGUGGCUCAAAUGACUGUUGUUGCAAUUUGCAAUGCGGCCAAAAGAGUUGUUCGUGA